UGUCAUGCGUAAAUCACAUUGUCAGUGGCCUCUCAGUGGACCUGCUGCAUUUGAGGUGGCGCAGAGACACAGGUUCACUAGUCUCCAACAUGGCUAAAGAAGGAUCUGAGACCACUGCGGAAACCCAGCAUAUGAUAGAGAAGCAGUUAAGCAAAGAAAAUGAACACGUGGAGUCAUCCUGUGAUGGCAAAGAGAUGCGAGUGGUGAUCUUGUCAGGCUUUGGUGGUCUCAACAAACUCCGGGUGACCAAGAAAGCGAUGCCAGAGCCUGCGGAUGGAGAAGUGAAGAUACGCGUAAAAGCAUGUGGUUUAAAUUUCUUGGAUCUUAUGGUGCGUCAAGGAAUUAUUGACAGCCCCCCAAAGCUACCUGUGGUACCUGGCUUUGAGUGCUGUGGAAUAGUAGAGUCCAUGGGGGAAAACACAGAAGGAUUUGAGAUUGGUGACAGAGUAAUGGCAUUUGUAAACUAUAAUGCCUGGGCAGAAGUAGUGUGCACAUCAGUGGAUUUUGUUUACAAAAUGCCAAAUGAAAUGAGUUUUGCUGAAGCUGCAGCAUUUUCUCUCAACUAUGUUGCUGCAUACAUGAUGCUUUUUGAAGUUGCAAAUUUGCGAGAGGGGAUGUCAGUGCUGGUGCACUCAGCUGGAGGGAGUGUAGGUCAAGCUGUGGCUCAGCUGUGCUCCACUGUGCCCAACGUGACAGUUUUUGGGAUUGCAUCAUGUUUCAAACAUUCAUCCAUCAAAAACUCUGUGACUCACCUUUUCGACAGAAACAUCGAUUAUGUACACGAGGUUAAAGUGAUUUCUCCUGAGGGAGUGGACAUUGUGUUGGACUGCCUAUCUGGAGAAAACACAGGAAAAAGUCUAAAUUUAUUGAAACCAUUGGGUACAUAUAUCCUUUAUGGCGCAUCAAACAUGGUAACUGGGGAGACAAAGAGUUUCUUCAGCUUAGCAAAAUCGUGGUGGCAAGUGGAAAAAGUGAACCCAAUCAAACUUUAUGAAGAGAACAAAGUCAUAGCAGGAUUCUCACUGCUUAAUCUGCUCUUCAAGCAAAAGAAAUGUGAUUUGGUGAGGUCAGUGAUGGAAAAACUGUUGGGUCUUUAUAAUGAACAGAAGAUAAAGCCAGUGGUGGACUCCCUUUGGGCUGUAGAGGAGGUGAAAGAGGCUAUGCAGAGAAUCCAUGACAGGGGAAAUAUAGGAAAACUUAUUCUGGAUGUUGAUAAGCCUCCUACACCUUUGAUGGCCAGUGACAGCACAGAGACGAGUGAAGCAGGAGAGGAAGAAGAGGAGACAGAAGGAGACAACGACAUUAAGGAACGGAUGCCUUUCAUCCAUUAGAUAGUGAAAUAAAGAAAAAGCGCCUAGAUACUGAGGUCUUCAAGCAGUGUUUACUAGUCUGUGCAUGCACGAGUGUACUACGUACAUUUAUCUGUAUCUUGUCCUUUUGUUGAUGUUAAUGUGAUUUUAGUUACAUGGGGAAAUUGCACUAGUUCAGUAUAGCAACUUGUGAAGUACCGAUUAAUUGCCUGCUUUAGCUGCAAAUUAGAGAUUCAUAGUAGAGAUUGACUGCGGGCAUCUCUGUGCAUUAUGCAAUUGAUAUUCAUUCAGUAAACCAAAUGUCUGUACUGUUUACAAACAUACAUCAGUGUUUCAAAUAACAAAAUCAUAUUAUAAGUCAUCUACAGGACAGGAUAGGAUCAGAGAUGUAGUGGACAUAUCAAGUCUAGCCAAACAUAUCUAAAUAGAAUUUUCAGUGCCUUUAAGCUGCAACACAGGUGAAUACUUGAAUUAUGUCAAAAGUAGUACACUAAUAUGAGUAAGACAUACAGGCAUUCUGUUUUUACGGUGAUGAUAUACAUUCUCAACAUUCAAUUCAAAUUAAUUAAAAGCCUACUUGGGAUAUUUGAGAAAGUCGAGGAAUUUACAUAUUUUGUAUUUUGACCAGAAAAAAAUUAUUAAAAAUAAAAAAUCAGGGAAAUAAAAUUGUGUUUCUAUAUAUACACACAACCUACUUCCGUACAUGGAACCAGUAUUUGUUGUGUGUUAGUGAGAUUGUAAAGAUUGUAAAGAUUUCUCAUGUUGCCUUAC